UCACGCACGUAUGGGUCUUCUUUUGACCGACCUUGCCACUAGGGAUGCGGAGGCGCAACCAUGUAGGGGGGAUGACGAGACACCGAGUUGUGCUGCUUGGUGGUAGGAGCACGGAGGUGCAUACCCCGAUCUUCAGGAGAUUGCAGCGCGGGUGCUGCACAUGUGGACGUCCGCCUCUCCCGCAGAAAGGAACUGGGCGGAACAUGAGCACGUGUGCACGGCGAGGCGUAACAGUCAUCUACCGGUUACGUUCUUCCGUGGGUCAUUUGGACGCUCUGGAUGAGGUUCGAUCUGGAGCGGCGGAGGGUUGUUGUGGGGGGCCUGUAGACGAGGACCCAGAGCCCUUGGUUUGGGGAGCGCGACCCCGCGCGUCAGUGACGGAGGAGGAGUUGGCGGCGACCAAACGUCGAUUACAGAAGCUAGGUAGUCGUCCUCCUCGUCCAGUAUCAGAGGUGUUUGGUGCGAGAGCCGCGGUGCUCCUCCCGUAUGAAGCGGAGGUGCCAGAGGAGGAGGUUGUGGAUGACGGGGCUCGGGAAGUGCGCGCCGACGCCGUCGACGACGAUGACGACUGGACCGACCCGAGGGAGAUCGCUUGUCGUGCAGAUAAGAGACUAGAGAGAGUCUACUUCGCACAGGGUGGACAUAGCACCGAGGCACAACCUCAGACCACGCUCAUAAGAGCAGACGAUGACCCUCCACGAGGCGCAUCAAACACACGUCAUGGCACAGGACGUGGUGCAGGGACGUCGCGCACCGGACAUGCCACACGGCCGAGGAUGGUGUUUGGUGCCGACCGCACCGACGAUGAGCGGAUAGUGAAGGAUGACGAGGCUUUGUUGCGUGUACGUCGUUCGGCGGCGCCUGACUUCAGGACAAAGGCUCAGCCUCUUAGACGGUCGGAGAGGCUGGUUAGCCGCGACGGCACAACCCCACAGAAAGAGACCCCUGGUUCACAGCACCUGGACGACAUACAGGGCGAUGUAGUGGAGGGUAAGCAGCCUGAGCAGCGCACCACUGCUCAGCAGGAGCCAUCACAGGACGUUCCUUCAUACUUGCGGACGAGGGACUUCAUGGUGGGUGGGGAGGGCACGCCCGGUGGCGGCAUUGGCAGACGCCAGCAUGUUCGAUUGGGGGACAUGGCGGACUACUACCCCCAUGACACGCAGAGGGAGGAGACUGUGACCCAAGCAGAGUGUGACGCGCAGAUUGACGUUGAGGAAGAAAGGUGUUUGUCUCGGAUGCAGCGGGCAGGGAAGGUGGCUUAUUUGGAGGAGGUGGAGUGCAUGAGACGGCUGGAAACCAUUGGUGCAGGUGCCGAGAACGACAAAGCGGAGGCUGUGAUUGGACCGGAAGCUGCCUUGCAGCCUUGGGGUGGGGGACAGGAUGUUACGGGACAUGCUAAUGUUCCACAUGUGUCAGCAUCUCCUCCUGUACAAUGCAAGUCGCUAGCGUCCCAGGCUCCUCUUACCUCAGUGACAGGAUUUUCAGGCGCGACGUUGUACUGGGACUUAUGGCACCUACAGGUGCGGAGGUUGAGCAAGUGUUCAGUCAUGAGGACCAUGGUGAUGACGGUAGAGACACACAGGGUUUGGAGGCGGACGGUGCAAACAUCGAGGAGCCACAGAGGGUGCCCAUUCACGUUCAGCCCAUCGAGCGAGUAUUUCGUGUUGGAGACUCGAGACUUGGCGACGAGGAGGAGUCGCGAGGGCACGGAGAGCAGGGCGAGCCACGAGGAGAUCUUCACACAGUACAGGAUGCAAGAUCUGCGCAUAGCAGCCGCCCCAGAGGCGGGAGUGCAGAGUGGUGCGUACACCUCUGGCGAGGAGGCUUUGCCUAUGCGCGCGGGCGAGAGACGACAUGAGUCAUUGACGGAGAUAGACACUCGUAUAGCAGCCCAUGAUGCGGAGAUUGCAGCGUUGAGAGAGGGUUCAACAUUGGCGAGUAUUGCGGAUGCUACACGAGACAAUGACACGGACACCGAGGAGGAGCCUAUUGACGUGGGGUACGGCACUGUUACGCAUAGCACGAUUCGUGACGAUCGGGAUCGCGGAUCGAACGAAGGUGCGGGUGUGGAGACUUAGGGCAGGAGGGUCAGGGCAACGGAGGGAGGAGACUGCAAGAUGGAACGGGUCGAGGAGAGCGGAGAGAGCAUUUUUUUUUUUCAUAAGGAAAAAGAAACAAUAAGUUAAUCAAUCAAUCAGAUGGGGCAGGAGGGUCGAGGUCGGUAUCGGGGCAACAUGGAAAGAACGACAUAAUGAUGAAAGGGCAAAUAAACCUUUCCUUAAUCG